UUUCCAAGAUGGCGGACGAAAAGGUAAAUCUGAUUUUCUACAAGGAUUUCGCACUCAUAAGUUCAUUAUCUAGAAAACUCGGUAAUUAACAACCUUCUGAGAUCUAAAAUGGAACUUUUUGUGGUGAAGCGUUACAUGGGGGAUGGAGAAUUGACACCAAACAGCAAAGACGACGAGGCUGAAAGACUUAGUUUGCUCAAGAAACACAUUGAAAAAAGGAAACGAAAACUUGCUAUUGAGACUAAAGAUAUGUACGAAAAAGAUGGCAAAAUUACGAAGGAAAGUAAUGAAACUGAGGACGUGAAAUUCGCCAAGGAACGAGAAAGGAAAGCCAAAGUUUUAUUGGAGACAAAAGAGAAGGAUAUGCCAACUUCGAACGAGGAAUUUGAGGAAGCACGUGAGAAGAAAAAGAAGAAAAAAAGAAAAAAAACGAAGGUUAACACCUGCACUAGUGAUGCAAAAGAGGAAGAUAAGCCAGAAAUGGCCGAAGAAAAAGAUAUUAAUGAAAUAACCGAGUUGAAAAAGAAAAAGAAAAAAAAUACUGAAGUUGAAGAAAAAAUUGAAAUUCCUGAAAAUGUCUCUGGAAUCUCAGAAAAUCUAAAAGACUCAACAGAGGAGAUUCCAAAAGAAAUAUGUGAUUCAGAAGUGAGUAAGACUGAUUUGGGUUUUACUGUAAUUGGACAAAAAAGGAGAAAUAAAGAUAUAAAGAAAGUUGAAAAAUCCCUCCCUGACUGGCUUGCAAAGCCACAGGUCGUUGAUACAGACUUAAACUCCAAUCUUUUACCUGUUGAUGAAUUAGAUGUCUUGUCCAAACAAAUAAAGAACAGACUUCAGGAACUUAAGAUAACAUCACUUUUUCCAAUCCAAAAAGCUGUAAUACCGACCAUUUUAAACCAAAUUCAAAAAGGAUCAUUGUACGGCAUUGGAGGUUACCGACCAUCCGAUAUAUGUGUGUCUGCCCCAACAGGUAGUGGAAAGACAUUAGCAUACGUCAUACCCAUUGUACAGGCAUUAAGUACUCAGACUGUCUGUCUCCUACAGGCUUUAGUGUUACUGCCCACAAAAGAUCUGGCUUUUCAGGUUAAACAGGUUUUUGAGGCUUUUGUUAAAGGAACUGGUUUGAAGGUUGGGCUUGCGUCGGGGAAUAAGGCAUUGGCUAAGGAACAGGAGAGUCUUAUUGGACAAGGGUAUGGCAGUUUUAGCCAUGUGAAUAUCCUGGUUGCGACACCUGGUCGUCUUGUGGAUCACCUGUCAUACACUCGGCACUUUACUCUGCAACAUCUGAGGUUUCUUGUGAUUGAUGAAGCAGAUCGCUUACUGGACCAAUCGUAUCAUGACUGGCUGAAUAAAGUGCUCAAAGCUUCAUAUGUCAAUCAUUCUGAGAGACAAGAUUCUAUUGGUUCUCUGUGUAAUGGAUAUAGGCGCUCUUCACACCUUGAAAAUUCCAAUCCCACUCCAUGGGGGAGGUUUGGAUAUUUUCUCCUCAUAACUUUCGCUUGUUAUUUGUAUGACAGAUUGUGUCUUCUCAUCAAGCUUUUUGGUGGUAUCGAGGUAGCGGAAUACUCCUCUAAUCUUAACGCCCAACAACGACAUGGAAUCCUGAGAGACUUCAAGAGUGGUUCCAUACAUCUACUAAUCUGUUCAGACGCCAUGGCCAGAGGAAUGGAUAUUGAUAAUGUGUCUUAUGUUAUCAGCUACGAUGCACCGAAGUUUGUCAAGACUUACAUUCAUCGUGUAGGACGUACAGCAAGGGGAGGGAAUGAAGGAACUGCCUUCACGCUGCUUCACAAUGACCAAGUUCACCACUUCAAAGAACUUAUCCAAAAAACAGGACGAGACAAGAUCCCUAAACAAACAUUCAAAGACGAGGAGAUCCAACCACUGGUUGAAAAAUACCAAAACGCUCUCAAAAAGUUGGAAGAAACUGUGAAAAACGAAAAACAAGAGCAAGGAGGACACAAGACACGAGGACAAGACGAGGCUGAGAAAUAUCUGCAAGAACAGCUUUUGGCAAAUAUUGGGAAAUAGUACAUCUAUUUUACUUCAGUUUCCAACAUCUUUUUUGUUGUACAGGGUUAGGCUCUAUUUCGUGAAGAAAAUUCUGGUAGUUCCAGUGAAGGUCUAUGGGAUAUCAAACUGCUUGUAUUSWUGAAGUUGUGCAUUCUUUACUUUACCGUUGGUAUUUGUGAAUAUUUUGACGCUAAAGUGAGCCUAACCCUGAGUUAAGGAGUCUAUAAGCAAGUAUUUUUUAUGUAUUAACGAUAUUUUACGAAUUCAAAAUGACACUAACUAUUUUCGAUAGUUUUGACUCAAGGUUUUGCGAUUUAAAACGGUUGUUAUAGCGUCAACGACCUCGUUCGCUUAUAGUUAAAUAUUUCCCGAUUUUCACGGGUUUUUUUUUUUUACCAGUAAAAAGGUAACGCCAUAUUAGAUUUAUUCUUAUACAAACGACGACGUAUUUACGGGCAAACUGCAAGCGGAAAGUUUUCAGCAAAUCAAACAAGACUGAAAAAGCAACACAAUCGUAGCCAUUCCAAGGUUGGGGGAAAACUGGGUCGAGAUGGCAUUGCAGUGCAUUGUGGGGUCGAAAUAGACGUAAUCUUAGAAAUAUGUCUCCUUAAACAGUCCCACAAUGCACUACAAUGUCAACUCGGCCCAGUUUUUUCUCAACAUUAGAACAGUUAAUAGAAUUCGAGGUGAGAAAUGAAUAAAUAAGCGGUCAAAUAAGGAAGUAAUACAUGAAGCUGCAAGGAUUCGAAGCCAUGACUUGAAAAGCAUUUGAAAAUUAUAAUAAAAAUACCAUAACUUUGCGAUACUCUUAAGACGUCCGUAGAACCUGAUAUUCGUAUGAACUUUGUAUGAACUUCGAACCUGACGUUAUACUUCAGUUUCGAGUCAGUCUCUGUUGCCCAAAAUUAGCCUGUGGAUUUUCAAAGUUCGAUGUUGUUGAAGUUGUAUAUUUACUUUACCGUUGGUUUUUGUGAAUAUUUAAACGCUUACACGAGGCUCACCCUGGGUAAAUGAGUCUGUAAUCGAGGAACUCGGCGGUAUUCUACGAAUUCAAAAAGAGGUUUUAUACGGCUCUUAUUGUACGGAUUCUUCAUUUUCAAUAUUUAUAAUAUAUGCAUACAUCUUCCUAUUGAUGGAUUUCUUACCUUGCUUGUAUUAUUAAAAACAACGAAAAAAA